AUGGCUGACAAUGGUGGUCAGCACGCCAUAAGCACCGAUAACUUUGAGAGUGAGAUCUCCAGACUUACACAUGCUGCAUACCUCGACCCUCUCAAUCAAGCGUUUGCAAACGAGACAACUGCACAACCGCCGCUUGAAAAUCUCACUAUCGAACAAUUCCGCGCCACAGUCGAGCAGAUACAGCAGCAUGAGCCCCUACCAGCCGGAGGGCCAAAUGGUAAACUCCCAGUGGUGUUCCUUUUCCAUGGGGGCGCGUGGACCGCUAGAAGUGUCAAUACACACGACAGUCUCUGUCAAGAUAUCACACGGCAGACUGGCUUCGCGGUCGUGUUUCCAGAAUACACGCUCGCUCCUGAAGCACGCUAUCCAACACAGCAAGAACAAUGUUAUGCGGUGGUAAAAUGGAUCCGAGAACAUGGCAACAUGCAGGGAUUAUCGCAAGAUUUGUUCGCCAUUGCUGGCGACACUGCUGGAGGCCAGCUCACCAUUGCCGUGAGCAUUAUUGCAUCAACCCGCAAACCCACCAUCCCAAUCACCUACCAAGUCUUUACCAAACCCGUAACCGACACCGUAACUACCGACCGCGACACUCCAAGCUCAUACCAAUUCUUCAACGGCCCGUUUGUCACUAUUCCCGAUGCCGAUGAUCGGACAUCUGAACUCGCAACUCCACGCAAUAUAUUUCCCAGGAAUGCGGCGAAGCAACCCCCAACAUUGAUUCUCUGCGCAGCAACCGAUAUCCUGAAGGAUGACGACAUUUUGUUUGGCGAGGUUCUGCAGAAGGCGGGCGUGGAUGUGUGCAUCUUGACGGGCCAUGGGCAAUUGCACGAUAGUGUCCUUUUCGAGGCAACGAGGUACGGCGCGACGCCAAGAGCUAUGGUGAGGUUGGUGGCAGCGCAGCUCAAGGAUGCCUUGGCUAGUACUAAGGAGGAAAAUGUAGAGACAAGGGAGAAGAGAUGGUGGGAAGGUGCGGAGAAAUUCCGCCUAGCGCCUUUCGACUGCAGCAUUCGCAUGCGCACCCAUCCACCUUCCUUCACCAACAUCGAAACACCCCCACCUCAACCGAAUAACCGACAGCGACUGUUGAAAGCUGCUUGUGGUAAUCAGCAUGUGCUUGCCUGCGAUGCCAUCAUCCUGAAGGGUCUCUGGUUACAUAUGCUGCUCAAACUCUCCCCACAAUGUCCGGCUGAUUCUCCGCGGUGCUGUGCAGCUUCGAAACCCUGA